AUGGCGGCUGCAGUGCCGAUGCUAGACGAUGUAAUCAAGGAGUACCUUGUAUUUCGCGGAUUCUCAAACACUUUGAAAAGCUUUGAGUCUGAUUUGAAAGCGGAUAAGGACAAAAGCUUCCGGGUAAGCUACCUUAAGGAAAUAUUACCAGCCGCCAUUCAACAUAAUUUAAGUGAAAUUUAAUUUCACUUUCGCGAAAGUUUAAAUCUUCCUAGGUUCCUUCUUCGCGAAAGUUUAAAUCUUGGUGGCUGCACGUGCCGAGGUUUUAUUGCCCAAUUAUCAGACCUCAGGAAAUUUAGUUGGUGUGUAGACGUUAACUAUGCAGAAUAUAAAAUUUACCCAUCUUGCUUAUGUGCAAUCCUGUUCGGGCAAUAGAAAUUUGUAAUUGACAUGUUACAAGAAUUACUUCUCAACUUCUUCACGUCACAUGCCACUGGCACAUAACAGAUCCUCAGGGUGAGGAACGUGCAUUGGGUAAACUGUCGUCUCAGGGCGUUUUUCGAUUGAGUGUUGCACAACCAAAACCAAAGUAAUCACUACGGCAAAUAAAAAGGAGGAAAAUACUUUAAGAGCCAAUGAGAACUCAAAAUCAAAAAAAAAAACAAACUGCCUAAAGAGCAGGGAAUUGUAAGUGACCAAGUCAUGAUUAGGUUUAGUUUUGUUUCUUAUUAGUUAAGAAAGCGCUGAAUGUUUUUUGGACCAAUCACAGAGGGAGGCAAAGCAAAACAAAAGCAAUCCUGAGUUAUUUUGGGCACUUGAUUGAAAAUUGCUCUACUAGGAAUCAUAAUGAUGAUUAGGUCAGAGUUCCAUUUCAAAUCAGUAGAUAUCAAGUUAAAAAUGUAAUGUAAUCUAGUGCCAGACCUGAAAUCACGACACAUGAUGGCAUAAUUUUAUGCAUCAUGCAUCAAGUAGCUCUAUAUAAGAAACUGAUUUAUGCCUGCAUUUUGAUUGGUUCUUACUUAUGAUAUAUUGGAGGGCAGAUGCAUAAUCAGAUGACAAUGCCAUUAACCCUUUAACUCCCAGAUCAAAUUUGUAAUUCUCUUUACUGUCAACCACACAAUUCUUAUAAUGUUAGUUCAGGAAAUUUAGUAUUGGAUCAACCAAUUAUCACCAAAUUGUAUUUCUCUCAAUUCUCAUUGCUCAUCUGGUUGAUAUUGUUUUGACAUUGCAAGGAAAAAUUCUGUCGAGGUCACUCAUGGGAAUUAAAGGAUUAACAAUAUUAUAGAAUCUAUUUGCUUUACAUAAUUAGAGGCAGGUUGCUGUAGGUCUCAUUUACAUUUUAAUUAGUAGCUCUUAAAUACUGAAAAAAGAAGGAAAUGUAAGGAAUGUGUUAGUUUUAGUCAAAUGAUGCCAUUGUGUGGGUGGUCUUGUUGGGGAAUGUUAUUUGAAAAAAAAAUGUAAAUUGCUUGGUUUAAAUUAAUGGUCAUGAGAUACACAUACAUACAGUAAGCCUAGUCUUGAAAAAAAUUUUCUCAGGAUGUUAUCGUUGCAAAGCUUAAUAGAGUUCCUUUUUUCAGGUGGAAAAAAUUGUGGAUCAGUUGUAUCAGUACAUCCUAAGCUAUGACAUUACCAGCCUUAGAGAUUACUGGGACUAUUUAAAUGACAGAUUCUUCAAGAGGUUAGACUAUCAGCAUAAUUCAAAUGUCAAAAAGCUGGAGAUGUGUCUUUUGCGGCUGUACAUUGUGCAUGCCAUACAGAACUCAAAAAAUGACAAGGUUGUGGAGUUUUUUGAGAAGUAUACAGCAGAGCUACAGACUCAAACAGAGUGGAGAGAAUGGUUUGGUAAGUCACAAUUUUGUCAGAUUUUGUUCACAGACAGUAAUGUAUAAUGCAUUUUUGACCAGUGAAAACACUAAUUCUCUGAGUCCUUAUCAUGUUUUGGAUUUACCAAUAUUUUCAAUUAAGUGUCCUUAAUAAACUAGUAUGAUAAUUGUGCUGGUUUUGCUUUACUUUAUCUCUGAUUGGUCUUGAACCUACACCUCUCUCUCAACUUAAAUUUAGUUCUCUCUAGCCACUUGUGUCCGUUUUGAAUUUCUUUGUUGCGAUAACAUUGGUUUUUGCAUUUUGAUACUCAGUCGAAAAUUUCUCAAUACAGAAUGUGAUAAUACAUGUAAGUGACUAUCUUAUAUUAUUUUAGUCAUUAGACUGAUCCUAUAGAGAUUAAGAAGUAAUCAUCAUAAUAAUUAUUCUCAAAUUCAAAUUCAACAUAACCUUGGUUUUUGCAACUGAUAUUGAUCCCUUUGGUAAUAUUCCUAUAUUAUGGUCAGUUUAUCCCAGGAAUCAAGAUGAAACUUGAAAGAGUUCACCUUUUUCAUUUCAACAACUAAGCUGAAAAUUCACUUAUGAUUGGACCAAGCAGGAAUCCAGCUUGCUCACUAGAAUAAAAACUUCUGAUAAUCAUGAACAAUAGACAAAAUCUAUUCUGCUACAGUAUCUGGGGCAGCUGAGUUAUUAUAGGCAAUUGGUGCAAGGAGUUUUGAUAUGGUCCUUUCCUUGUGUCCUAAGAAAAACUUACUCCUUUUCCCUCGAAACAGCUGUUUUGUUGAGAGGUGUUUAGCUUUGAAAUGGAGGUUUGAUAUAUCUUGUUAUGAUCCAUCUAAUAUUUUUGCUUACAUGAAAUUGGUCUAUAUGCAUCAGGUGACAGAAUAUUCCCUAGCUAAAACUGGAUAUAUCAUCCAGGUGAUAUUCCCUCGUUUCCAAAUUUUAUGUCCACUAGGAUAAGUCUGUGUUUAAAAUUUGAUUCAAGAUGAGAAAGCAUUUUAUGGUUGUUACCUUGAAGAAUGGAUAUAUUUGUUUGUUCAUUAAGUCACAGCAGAGAACACAGUAAGCUGUUUGUAAACAUUUUUUGAUGUAUAUUGCAAAAUGUUUGUAACGUACAAUGUACACAUCAUCUGUUCCAAAAAGCUCACAGUUUCCCUUGAGCUUCAUUCUCAGAAAACUGUUCACAUCUUGGAACAAAUAAUACACUUGUACCAGUGAAUAUUUUCCCCCCUAAUAUAGUGUACUGUUCAGGGUGUGAAAUUAAUUUUUUUUUCUAACAGCCACUUGGCUCCUAAAUUUUUCAAAGUGGUAACCAAUUCAAAAAAAGUUGACCGCCAUUUUUAGAGAGGAAAAAAACCUUUUUUUUAACGCUAUCAGAGUUCUAGAUAAACCCUCCAAAAUUAAGUUCUACAAAGUUCUACAAAGUGGACACUAGGAUGGAUGAUAUACAAUCUUCAAGCUCACCUAAAUCCAAGAUGGCGACUAGUUUUCGAUCGAGACGCAUGUGCUGUGUUUUGGAAACAAACUGAACGAGGAAGUUUGCCGCGGAUUUAUCCCUGCAAAUCUUUUUAGUUCACUCCAUCUCUAGUUAUGGUUAUGAUUAAGCAUUCUAGUCGCCAAUUUGGCGACUACUUUUCAGGAUUUAGUCGCCAAAGUGAAAAAUUUAGUCACACUGGCGCCUGUAUUAGGCGCAAUUUCACGCCCUGCUGUCUGUCUUUUUUUAAGCCAUUCCUUUCAUCAAGAAUCCUGAUCAGAAUAUGACAUUUGAGAUGUACUUUCAGAGGGCAUGGCAAGAGACUUUUUUCCUUUCACUUCAUAACUUUCUGAUUACUUUGUUUCACUACCUGCAUAUCCUUUUGAGUAGAAAAAGUGACUUUUCAUGUUAAUUUCUAGAAAAACAAGUAAGUAUCUGAUAAUAUUAUGAUCUCUCUCAUGCUUAUAGUUCAAGGCAGCUUUAUCACUAAAUCUGGACAUUCUUGUUUGAAUGCUGAUUUUGUCUAGUAUUCUACUUUGCAACUGAAACUGGAAUAGGCAUACUGCAUUAGUGAUUUGAUGGUAAAUCUUCGUCAAAGAAAACUACAUUUUGCAAACAUGUUCAUGAGCCACUCCACAUAUGGCUGCAGUUUAACUGUUUUUUCUGGACAUUAAUUUCCAGAAGUGAUUAACAUGUAACUUCUCCCUAUAAUAUCUAAACAUUAUCCAGCAAACAGGUGAUGAGAAUAUUCAAACAUCAGGUAGAAAUUUUUGUCUUGAUCUAACACCAAAUUCUUGUAACUAGCUUAUGAGGAAAUAUGUAGCAGCUAGAGGGGAGAUUUAACAAUCAGAUCUUGGGAGUUAAAGGAUUAGUUGUUCACAUAUUAACAACUUCCUUCCUAACAUCAGUAUGCACAUUCUCUAUAUUGUUCUCUAUACAUGUACCCUUCCUAAGGUGUUGACAAAGGGAAUUUGGUCAAUAAUCAAGAGCUUCUUAAGUUGGUGAUCAUUUCCUCUACUCUUGGUAUCUAAUGUGUGAUUCAAGGGUGAUAUUAUAAAGAGAAAUUAGACACUAGUCACACUAAGGGGUAAAAGGGUUAUUUGAGUAAGGUUUUUUACUUUUGCUUGGCCUUACACCAAUGCCUACAAGUAAGUGGCCCUACAACAUAUAUUAAGCAAAAAUUUCUUAACUCAAUGCUAAAUGCUAACCAUUUCUCAAGUUGACUGCAUGAUUCUUUCCAAUGAGACUUGAAAAAUAAUGUAACUUCUGUAUACCCCUGGUGCUGGUUGUCUUUCCUACAAAGUCUGUGAGAUUUGUCCUUAAUGCUUUAAACCUAUGCCAACCCUUCUAAAGUAUGACGAGGAACGAGGAAAGUUGCACAGGUUGGAACAGGAAGUCCUGAAACUUAAAGAGCAGGUUGUAUCACUAGCAGACGAAGGAGCAAACUUACAGCGUCAGAAAUCUAGACUAGAGCAAGAGCUAUCGGAUAGCCGGAAGAGAGCUACCACUGUUGAAGAGGAUGAUAUGGAAGAGUUUCAUGUUAUCCCAAGGUAUUAUCUAGACCAAUGAUAUAUUACAUCUCUCAUUUUAUUUAUAAUUAUGCUAUGAUUUGUCAAUUUUGGAGGCCAUAUUUCACCUUAUAGCCCGAUAAAUUCAAAAGUUUGUCCACAUUUAAAAUUUCCCCCUCUAUUUCAUCCAGAGAUAUUAUCAACAUCUUUCUUACCUUGUGUUCUUAGUCCAUACUUUAAGUUAUGGAACCUUGUUUUUCUGCUUGGAUUUACAGCCUGUGUGCUGGGCACUUGCGCCAUAAAGCAGAGUGGAAAAAACUUGGUCUGUAACAUACAGUAUGGACCUUUAACUCAGUCAGUAAGAGGUAUUUAUUUUCUUCUUCCAUGGUGUGUGGCUGCCAUGUGUAAGUCUUUUUACCUGUACAGAUCCUCUGGAUGUGUAUUAAUAGCCAGAAAAUUACAAGAUGUUGUAUACUUGCAAGCAAACCUCUAAAUCUUCAAUUUGUGAAAUGAUUUGCAGUUCUCAGUAGGUUAAAGGAACAAAAGCUGAGUUAAAGGUUAAUUUCAGGUGUUACUAAUAUUCACAGGCAACAAGGUCAGUCUAGUAAGUUUCUACCAACUUCUUCAAUCUCAAAAAAAAUUACCAAAAUGUUCAAAGAUAAGCAAGAAAAGAACAAAAAGGGAAAAGAUUCAAAAGUGCAACAGCUUCAAGAGGAUCAAGUGAAACUUAAAAGACAACAACUAAUCAGGCAGCAACAACAAUUACAGGUUAGAGAAAUUUGGUAACCUAUGGGUAAUUAUUCAAUUACUGAGCUUGUAUAGUUUGAAUAGGGCACUUAUCAUAAAAGGAGUUUCAAAUGAGGUUCUAUGUGAAAGAGGAUCCUAAGAGAUGUAUAUGUAGAGUGUUUUAUAGCCGGUCCACAGCUAAUCUUUUUCUUUGUAUUAAAAGCAAGUUCACAUUAUCGUUCUGCGGAAAUUUAUUUCAAAUAAAGAAAGGUAUUUUACUGCAUUGUCUAAUUCAAGUAGGUGGUAACUUGAAAAAUGGGUAGUUGGCAAAAAUGCUGCUCAGGAACACUUAAAUUCACUUAAUUUGCUCAUGGCUUUUAUUCUCCUUGUGCUAAAUACAUUAGAUAGUUUGCAAGUAGGUAAAGCACUACAGUUUUAAUUGGGUUGUCUUUGAUUGUCUUUAUUACAUUUCAUAGGAAAAAUUGAUUUGAUUCAAGUACCAAGCAUGGUUCAAAAAUUACUUUUAGACUAAAAAUACACUCCCAGUCACCCCUUGUCAACACCUUCUUCUUUUAAAAAUGCCCAGUUCUCAUAAGAGAGCACUUUUUAAAUGAUUGUUUCACUGCUCAAAUUUCUUUAAGUAACCACAACCUCUUGAGUCAUUUUUUGUCUCAAUUAGAAGAAUCUGGAGGGGUGUUAAUUUUUCCUCUAAUCUUCUUUUGUGAAAAUCAUAGAAUCUGAUGAUCUCAGUGCCUUUCUAAAUUGUAAACAGUCACACAACUGAACAUUCAAUCAUUCUCCUGUCUGGAUUUAUAUAAAAAUUGGAAGUUGGAUUUUAUUCCAUGAUGUCAAGUGCAUAUACAUGUAAAUGAAAAAAGGAAUUUGGGAGUAGUAAACUGGUGUAAAUUGAAUGAUAUACAGUACUGUAGAAAGAGUUUUUUCUUCAGAGGGAAUUGUUGUACUCUUGCUUUAUUGCAACUUAUUGGUGGAUCUGAUUCCAUGCAACUUUUGACCUCCUGAUUUGAUUUUUACAUGUACAGCAGUAUUUCCAAUGGCUAUUACCGCAACUGAUCACUUUUUUUUUUUGCAGUUACACUAUUGGUGUUUUUUUUUUGUUGAAGAGUCAGUUGAUUGAAUGUGCUAUAUUUGCCCUCUUUUUCUCUAAAGCAAUUACAAGAACAGCAAAAACAUUUAUCCCACAUGGAGGAAGAGCAGCUGAAGUCAAGUGCAGUUACUGCUUCAUCUGAGAAACCUCAAGGUCAGGAGGUUGAAGUUCAGACUGACUCAACACAUGAUGAGGAGGAUGCUAGGAUCUUAAAAUUAGGUUUGUCAAAAACUCUCAGCUUUGAAACAUCCUCUGCUGCAAGCCAAGAUGACAGAGAAAAGCUUGGAAAUGCUAUCCGCAGGAGUAAAACAUUGCCUGUAAGGCUGAAAGCAACUCAGGUGGAGGUAACAGAAGACAAAACAGGUAACCAUUCAUGCAGAGGUGGAAGAGGGGGGUGGAGGGAUUUCUUUCCAUUUCAGGUGAAAGUUCUUACAUUUAGGUGUAUUUAAUCUUCACAUAUCUAUCAUGGCAAUGACAACCAGUGAGUGUCAUAACUGUUUAAGUUACACACUAGGGAGAAAACACUUUGUCUGACAUUGAAUGUUGCAAAAACUGUUGUAUGUGCCAAACCUUACUCUUGAUUUGUUUUGUGGACACUUCCCAUCUGAAAGUCAAAUUUUGCUUUGUCUUUUAUUGAUUUAUCAUGUUUUUUCUGUCUCACAUUAUCCUUCAAAAUAGCCAAUAAUUAUCAUAAAACACUACAACAAGUACUCUAUGUACCUCCCCAUAAUGACAACCCCUCCUGUUAUCCUGAAGGUGGGUGUUUAAGAGCUGUUUUGAAAACUGUUUUAUACCUUGAUCUUACUCAAUAGUUCAAGUUGUCAAGAGUACGAUAACCUAUGACUAUUCACACCAGGUAUUACAUAAACAAUACUUAUCUUGGAAACCCUUUUGAACUGGUGAUAGUCUUGCUACAAUUUGGCCUUAGAACAGCUUAAAAAAUGCGUGACAGAAUAAGUGGUAACAGUUGGUUAAGAUCAUUAUUGUAUUUUUUUGUAACCAAGGGACAAUAGAUAUAACCAGUCAUGUUUUUAUUUUUAUUAUCAAUUUUAGAAGAUGCACUUUCUAAAACAGUUCAUUUUGAAGGUGAGCAUGAUAUUCACAUGGAUCAAUGUAAUUACACUGUAGCUUGAUUUUUCUGGUAAUACUGCAGGUAUUUGUAUGAGCUUUGAACAUCAGGUAAUUUUAGUGAACUCCUGUCUUUGAAUAUCUAACAUCAAAAAUAUCUCUCAGGUGUAUGUGAUUACAUGCUGUGGAAGAGGUAGAAGUCACUCCUCUUUUAUUUGUUCUCAUUUUGAGAGGUGGAAGCCCAGUUAAAGCCAUAAAUUACAUGGCCUGUACCCUCACUGUAAUAUACAGGAUCUCCUUUCAGCUGAAUAAUUUCUUAAUAUAUAUCUUUUCCAGGCCCUGGUGACCACAAGUCCAAGCAUUUUCUAUGUCUUAGCCAGGUACAUGUAUUUUAUGCAUUUUUUUUCUUUAUUUAUACAAACAUAUUUUCCAUUGUUCUUCCCAAAAGCACCUAGGCUUAACAUGGGGAUUAUAAUGCAUAUAUUUCUCAGCCAUGUUAGACCAUAUAGCAUUUCAACAAGAUCAAUGGCUUAUAAUAUCACUGCUGCAGUCAAAUUGUUUUACCUUUCCCAACAAUAACUGACACCAUUAAAUUUCAUACCCUUUCCAAGCAGGUUCACAGGUUUACCUUUAAUGUACUCUGGCUUGAAAUAAAAGGGGGGGGGGCUCUGACUGGUGUCCUGAAAUUUGUGUCUUUCGUCAUUGUCAGAAGACUAAUGUUAUUCUAAAUGCUGCAUAUGGAAACAAUGAUUAUCAAGAUCAGUGUUUGAAUAAUAAAAGUAAAUGAUCUGCUGAUUCAAACUUAGUGAUGUAUUAUUCCUAGGAUGUAUACAAAGAGCAUCACUCAGCAAUUGUGCACUGCAAGUUUUCUUCUAGCGGUAGGAUGAUUGGAAGUGCUGAUGCUGAUGGGAUUGUCAAGUAAGGGACUGUUACUGUUUUUUUUUUUCACACUGAGGGUGUGCUGUGAUGGUUUCCUUCCCUAUUUGUAUUAAUUUUAUAAAAUCGUUUUCAUGUUGAAGUGAGGGUGUUACACCACACAACCUUGAUUGUGUUGUGAAGGGCAUGUUAAGAUUACCCAGGGUCUCUAACCUUUUAACCCCUAAGAGUGACCAGCAUCUUAUUUCUCCUUACAAUGUCACCCCUGAAUCAAACAUAAAUGUCACCAGAAAAAAGGAAAUGAUCACCAACUAAAGAAGUUCUUGAUUGUUAAACAACUUCUCCUUGUCAGCACCUUAGGAAAUGUAUAGAGAACAGUAUGGAGAAUAUGCAUACUGAUGUUAGGGUGUAUAGGGUUAUCCCUAUAACUCCCAGGUCAAAUUUGUAAUUCUCCUUACUGUAAACCAUAUGAUUCUUUUAAUGUUAGUUCAGAGGAUUUAGUAUUGGAUCAACUAAUUAUCCCCAAAUUGAUAUUUUCCUUUAUUCCUAUCACUUAUCUGGUUGAUAAUUAUCGUAAAGAGAAAUUCUGUCUUGGUCACUCAUGGGAGUCAAAGGGUUAAGCUUGAUCAAAUGAUUUUCUUCAUGGUUGAUUGCGAAAAUGUGCAGUUACAUGUAAGAUCAGUCUAAAAUUUUAUUUCAAACAUUUAUCUCUUCAAUGAAUAUUCAUUCUGUAUUUUUGUUUCUUCAUCCUCGUUAAGUUUUUCUUGUAGAAUUGCACAAAACACAAACUGGAAAUGUUAAAUGCCAGUAAGAGUAAGGGCAGUAAGUGAAAUGUUUCCUUCUCAUCUGAUCUCUAAACCUUUUGUGACUAGGGUUUGGACAAACCAUCCUGACAUCCACACCAGUACCACUGUCAUGUGUAAAUCUCCCUUGCUGUCACUGGAGUGGGCUCCGAAGCCUGACAGACUGGUAAGUCAAAGUCAAGCUGCAGCUUUUAUUGUAACACUGCUUUUCUAAAACUUGAAGUUGAAAAAAUAUGCUCAAGCCUUUGUUUAACUUGCCUUUUCAGUAUACAUUUCCACAUGCUUGUGCAAAUGCCAUAAAUUCUGUUACUUGAUAUAGUGGUUCUGCAGGUUGUUCUGUGAACUAAAGCGAAAAGUUCGUCAACCCAGUUAACCCUCUAACUCCCAGACCAAAUUUGUAAUUCUCCUUACUGUCAACCAUACAAUUCUUAUGAUGUUAGUUCAGAGAAUUUAAUAUUGGAUCAACUAAUUAUCCCCAUAUUGAUAUUUUUCUUAUCACAUAUCUGGUUGAUAUUGUAUUGAUAUUGUAAAGAGAAAUUCUGUCUUGGUCACCCAUGGGAGUUAGAGGGUUAAAGUUUAUGUACAACUUGUGUCUUUAUAUCACUUAAUAAUUAUUACACAUUUGUUGUUUAUAUUUUCAAGUUUGUCUGAUGUAUAUUCAAAUUGUGACUCUCUCUCUUAAAUGACUUGAGACUCCUUUUUUCGCCUUAAGUCGGCAAUCUGUCUCUGAUCAAUACAGAAUGGAGCAUCUCUGUUUUAUGCUCCAUCUCUGUCGCUAGUCAAAAUAAAGAUUUAUCACCUUCAUGUUCAUGUUAUCACCUUGAGAUAGUGCAGACCAUAUAUCAUUGUGUAUUGUUUUUGUUGUAGCUUCUGUAAGGCAGUAGAAAUAGUAAAAUGUGAUUUUUAACACAAAAAUCAUUCUGUUUUAUGCUCCAUCUCUGUCGCUCGUCAAAUAACGAUUGAUUACUUUCAUGUUCAUGUCUUUUGUGGAUAGAACCUUCAGAUAUUGCAGAUUAUAUUAGUGUAUAUUGUUUUUGUUGUAGCUUCUGUUGGGUACUGGACAUGGUAAAGUGCGAUUUUUUGACACAGAAAAUAAAAAGACCAUUUGUGAUGUCACGACUGACUCUCAGCAUCAGUACCCCAGGUGAGCUAAAGGAAUUCACUCUUUUUCAGCGUCUUAAUUCACCUUAAGUGCUUUUUCUUAAUCUAUUCGAAUGGAAGCAAACACGCGAGACACGCGGCUAAUUUUACCUACACAGAGAAUACAAAAGGAAUGGUAAAUGGUUAUUGCAAACUCUGAUCUCGGUCAGUUAAAGACCCUGACAUACACCAUGAACAGUGAUGCUCGAACUUGAUACCAGUUCGUGACAUGCUUUAAACGCACUUGACACACGACAGUACCUUCACAUACAAACUCGCUACUCAGUAGGGUGGUUUGUAUAUGCUCGAUCUUAAAUAGGUAUCGACUUUUUUGCGCAAACCAGGUAUGUUGUUUACACUUUCUCAUGGAAUUAACGGGAUUUCUUCAGAACAGACCAAGAUACAUGACCCAACACACCAGUCUUGUUGCAAACACCAUGCUAAACUUGACGUCGACUUAAAGACUGAAACAACAUUCUAUCAGUUCAGUUGCUAGAAAAUAAACAAAGGAAGAGACAAAUACGAAAACAAAAUUGAUUUUCAUUUCCAGAAUAGUCUCAUUGUCGUGCAGUCCUACCGGAGCAGCUUUUGUGUGUUCAGCGGCAGCAAGCAAGAAAUCUUUGACGUCAUCGUUGAGGUUAUCGCAAUCAUUUUCAAAAUACAGUGAAAUGUCCUCGUUGACGUCGAACAGUGCAGGUAGCGGAGCGGGUGUGUUACAGUGUUGGGAUAUGAAAGCCAUGAAGGUCGAGGUAUGUUAUCUUGUGAUUGGGUGACUACCAGUAGUAAGAUGAAAACAUUCUUUUUAUCUUAUCACCAUCUUUUUAGGUUUUUUUUUUCAUUCGGGAGAGGGAAGGGAGCCCUCUGUACCUCUUCCAUUUGGAUCUUUUUGAUUUGAAAGGUUUCUUCACUCCUUAUUGGUUUUUGUAAAUAAUUUCUUGUGUAAUUUUUCUUAUUUCUCCCAGCGUCUCCUUCCCCUCGAUCCUGUGCCCACUUGUAUAAACUGCACGGCGUUUAAUCAUAAUGGAACUCUUUGUAUAUCAGGAGGAGCGGAUGGCAUGAUACGGCUGUUUGGUGAGUCAUCACACGCGAUGCAGCGUGUUACGCACGUGUAAUUGUUUGGGUUUUGCAGCCCAUUCUUGAUUAUGAUAGUAAUGAUAAUAAUAUUAAUAAUAAUAAUGAUGAUGAUGAUGGUGACGAUGAUAAUAGAAUUUAACUUUUAGACUGAAUAGACCGAUCCGCGGAUCCAUUGGGAAAACGCAGGUGUAAACUGGUGAUCGGCAUUUUUCGUUUUCCCGUUGGGUUAAAGGAGCCAAGAAUGAUAUAAUUAGUCGUUUUCUAUGCAUUAUUACUUUUGUUUUGAGAGCAACUUCUUAAUAUUAGGGACCGGUCUUUAUUUAUCACCUGUGGAGUCUGAGGAUUUUGGUUGUGGAACAAUUCCCCUUCCCCCCCCCCCAGAAAAAAAAACUCUGCAGCAUUCCAAUGAUCCCCUUCAAUGGCCGUCAAUUUCCUUUACUUCCCCCUUUAUACUCUGUUAGUGCAAAAAAGUUUUAAAUCUGAAAAUUUUAAGGUGCAGAGACUGUUGCUCUACAUGGAAUGUCACGAUCUUUCCGCCCUGAAAACUUUUGGUCUCAAGUUUUGAAAAAUGUUACUCCUCUUGGCAUUUUGCCCCCCCUUCCCUUCUACGUGCAAUGUUGAACUAUGAGCAAUUUUUAGAGUUUUUUUAGAGCAGAGUUUGCAUUUCCUUAUUAUCCAAUAUUGAAAAGAGUAAUAUGGGUUCAUUCUUGUGAGUUUUCUAAACUGGUCUCGACUAACUGUUACUUCAAACUCGGUAAAAGCGUGGUUUUUUCUUAUUUUGUUGCUCAUACAGAUAUGAGGUCGUAUGAUUGUUUAAUUGGUUGGCAAGCUCAUGAAGGUGAAGUGUGUUCAAUGCAGUUUAGCGCAGACGAAACCACUGCUUACAGUAUGGGAACAGACGGCAAGGUUAGCCAUAACGCUCGAUACAGUCGACUCCUUCUUAAUGAUCAUCAAGACCUUACCUCGUACUAAAAAAAAUCAAUCUUUAAGCGGAUUUCCCGUUACGAUUUGCUCAAUAUAAUAAGCGCCGAAACGUAUUCUUGUUUCCACUGAUACAGUGAAACCUGGAUGCCAUACUAUUCCUUCACCGGUAACCACCUAUCAUUUUUUCAGUUUUCCCCGACAGUUCGCUGGCCCCCAUUCAUUCUCCUGGUGGAGAGCCGAUCUGUCAGAGAAAGGUUUCUUGCCCUAGAACAUAACACCAUCAGGGACUUUUAGUAGUUCUUAUAACAUUAUCCGUAAGGGCGGAGCUGAAAAAGACUCAUCGUUGAUUAGCGUUUUCAUGGCUUCCUACAAUUAAACCGAAAAUUAUCUCAAGGAUCAAGAGGGCGAGAAUGAAGGGACACGACUCAUUUUGUAGAAACCUAAACAAAAUGCGGUAUGUGGGUGAUAGUGGAUAUCAUCUGCUUUGGACUGGAAUUUCCUUUUAAGAUGAUUCCUCCAAAUAAAAAUUACAUGACAAUUUUUUUAAACUUUUCUUAUAUGUUCCCUACCAAUGUAUGUUUCGAAAUAUAUGAUAAACUCCUAUUUCGCUACGUGUCACGUAAACUGGGUUAAUCUCUAAAGACUUACUCAUAUUUGUUAUCUUUUUCUCCUAACUGGCCAGGGAUCGAUUUCAGUAUCUAAGCACUUGCGAACCUACCCCUCCCCUAACCCAACAUUAACCUUUACUUAUUAUCUGUUGACUGAUGUUGGGUUAGGGGAGGGGUAGGAGUGCAGUUUCCCAGAUACUGACAUUGAUGAUUGGCCAGUCUAGCAAAGGGAGAAAAUUUGAUACAAAUAAUUUUGCUCUUAUUACUCGUAGUUCUCACAGUGGAGUGUGCACCGCAUGGGUCAAAGAUUAACUGACGUUGAUAUACACGACGGGGCAGUGUGGUGCGAUUCAGACAAAUCCUCUCAGAGCAAGUACAAAUACAUGAGUUCACCAUCAUCUUAUGGCAAGAUGUUUGUUUUUGAUUCUGAAGGACAGUAUCUUCUUUCCUGUGGACCGGAGUGUGGAGUAGUAUAUAAAGUAAGUUGUGUAUUGCUAAAUACAGUACGUACCGUCUAAAACAUCGCAAACGAGGUCACUCAGUGAGUAUAGUUUUUUGGAUUUCUUCUUUGCGUAAAAGUGUGGAUUGUCCUCUUAUCCAUCUGUCCUUUCUUCCUUCUUCCCGUUCACCUUCUUCUCGCCAACCUCCCUUUGUUUGUUUCUCUUCUCUUCUCUUCAUUCAAUAUUUCGAGCCUCCAUUCAUUCCUCUCUCCUCAUUUCCCCCUUUUCUCGGUUUUUUUUUUUCAAAUUGACUUCAUUUUCUAACCUUGCAGGUCCAGAAGAAUCAGGGUUUGAGUCAAGUGUUAACUUUACCAGCUGAGCACAAGUCACCAGUUGUAAGCGUCGAUUGGAGCUCCUCUAUGAGCUGUUCCACAUGCCUCACUGGCUUUGCGGAUGGAUCGAUACAAGUAACAUCUUUGCUAAAAAAUUGAGGAUUACUUUCAGCUUUAAGAUCAACGAAAGGGUUUGUUACCUCGUAGAACACAAUAGUCGACCCUUUGAUAUCACAUCCGUUCAAAUGCAAGAUGGCGUCAGAGUUACAAGGACAAAAGUUUCUGGAAAUACUCAAGAUUACAUGUUUUUAGCUUUCGUGUACCCGCACAAUCCCUUCCUAGACUCGUGAUAUGAACUAUUAAAAUUAGAAGUGUUUGGGAAGUACUAGAAAAAUCCUUAUACGAGUCUUGUGAGCCUAAGUUUGUUAUGUGCUGCAAGACCACACAUUUAUUUUUACCCUUUGAGUGAUGUGUCCAUGUCCGUUGUAGUAGAGCUUAAUUCUCGUAAGAUGAUCGUCAUCGUUAUUCGUGUUUGGGUUUGUCCUUGACCGUGCUCAGUGUCCUCAACGGGAAGUUUUUAUAGGUUUUAAUUCUCGAAGUUUGGUCGUGUUUCAAGUACUUUGUUAUUCGUUUCAAAUGUCUUGUGAAAUUGUUUUUUUAGUGUUCUAAAAAUAUGUGUACUCUGUCAAGGUCAGUUGUCCCGUAAGCCCAAACAUGCCUACCGAUAGGGUAUUUAACUCUUCAAUCCCUAAGAGUGACCAGCAUCUAACUUCUCUUAACAAUGUCACCACUGAAUCACACAUUAAUGUUAUGAGAGUAAAGGAAUGAUCCCCAACUAAAGAAAUUCUUGGUUAUUAGACAAAUUCUCCUUGUCAGCACCUUAGUAAAUGUACAGAGAACAGUAUGGGGAAUGUGAAUACUGAAUUUUAGAGAGAGAAAAGAGAGAGCCUCAGAGAGCGAAAUAAACUGAACUGAUCAGACUUCUGGUACCUUCCGUUCGCGUUUGGUGUUCAAGCUAGUCUAUCCUAAUAGUCCCAAUACUCGAGAAAACGUCCGAGAGAGAGUUGUUGCGGUUUCAUACAGGCCACAAGGCUGGUCCUUCUGUUUACCACAGUCAGCCCAAGAUAAAUGACCUACUGUGUCAGGAAGAAACUUAAUUUUGUAUUCAAAUUGUUUUUCUAUUUGUUUUAUAAAUGGCAACUGAAAAUAUCUUUAUUUUUUUUGCCCAACGAAAGGGAAAUAGUCAUUUUAUUAUUUAAUGUUAUAACUUUUGUUUGAAGAAUGUUCUUUGUUAAAACUGUCGAUAGCGUUAUCAAAGAUCGUAUCAGGAUGAGUAAUAUAUGCAAUUGAGAUGAGUUAUGUGCUGUAUGACAGUUGAAAAUAUAUUUUUUUUUAUUUUGAAAAAUUGUAAUAGAAAUGAUUUACAAAAACGGACAUGAGCGGGAUAGAAAGUGAAAGGCAAAUGUUUGUAACAAAUAGUUUGAAUAAAAACAUGUAGGUCAUUUUCUUCAUAACGGAUAUUACUUAUUUAUUUUCUUUUCCUGCAUGUCAUUGAUGGACCCUC